AUGUCGUUCCCCAACCCGAACCACAAGAACACAAUUAACGAGAAUAUUGCCGCCUCAAACGUCGCUGACCUGUGUAGCUCCUCAUGCCUUGGUGACGAGUAUCGGGAGGAACAAAGUGGACGAAAGUCGAGCCCUGUAGGGCUGAAGGUACGGUUUGAGGGAACGCGAGGAAGACCCGGGACAGUCUCCGGUUGGGAUGAUCACAGCAAUGGGAGCCCGGGGUAUUGGCGAUCCGAGCGUGACCGUGCGAGAGGAGCGGAGAGAUGGGGGGUUAUUAUUGCAAAACUCGCGUCGGUGGCUGGGCACGGUGUGGAGAGAUAA